AAUGUGGAUAAAAACUCAAUUUCCGGUGUGGCGUCACAGGCCCAUCCUUGUUUCCGUGAGCGCGGAAUUUUGAAAACAACAGCGAACAGCUGCCGAAAGCUUUGGUCGAGGAUCGUCCGAAAAUUGCCACGAUCAUCAUGAACUGCAUUACAGAUGCAAACAUUGGGAAUUGGUUUAGUAGCACAAUGGAAGACAUUCGCAACAAAAUGCUUUUUCAGGGAACGGCCGAGAUGACUGAGACCGGCAUGGAUUGGGUUCAAACCCACCGAAAGACCGUCAGAUCUGUUCUCGAUACGUGUUCAAAGAAAUCCAAGGAUGAUGAAAUAAUAUUUGAAACGAUAGACUCAUAUAAAACAGACUUGGAAAAUAAAAAUGCCUCAUUGGUGGAGAAGAGAAAUGCCAUUGCGAAGAGACUGUCUGAAGUGGAAGGGAAGAACGAACAGAAAAGCAAGAUCAUUGAAAAGAUUGAGAUGAUCCGAGUGGAACAAGCCAAGAAAAAAGAAUUGAUUGUGUCCCAAAACAAAGCCAACAAGGACAGACUGAAAAAUCUCAAUAAAGCCAAGCAGGUGUUUCAGGGUCGGCUGGGAUUGGAAAUUAGAAAAAUUCACGGAGAGAAAUUGCAGUUUAUCUUCCGAGACAUCAACCAAAAAGACUCGGAAUGUGUAUACACCUUCAUGCUGAGGAUCAGCGAAGGAGGAUUAUACCAGAUUGUGUCUAGUGACCCACCACUGGACUGCAUGGCUCACUUGGAGCAGAGACUCCAGGAGACCAACAACUUCUCUGCCUUCCUUGCAAAUGUCCGGAGAGAAUUUCUCGCUCUAAAACCUGAAUAGUAAAAAAAAAAAAUAUUUUAACAUAUUUUAGUCACAUCCUGUGUGUUUUUGUCUCCAACAUUGUUUGUAAUAUUAAUGUUUUUAUUAUAUGAUGUCCGUUUUAAAAGGCUAGGUUGCAAUUUUCACGUUGGUGGGGUUCUUCAGUGGCCCAAAGAUUUGAUCAGGCAUUUUGGAAUUGGUUUAAUUAAAUAAACGCUUUUUGUACACACACCCCCCCACA